UUCAUCUUCAUCUUCAUCCCUCCACACAUGGCGCCACUAAAACGACGCGUUGUGCUCGUCCCCUACCCUUUCCAGGGCCACCUCACCCCGAUGCUCCAGCUCGCCGCCCUUCUCCACCGACGCGGCUUCUCCAUCACGGUGGCGCACACGCGCUUCAACUCCCCCACCACCUCAAACUAUCCACAGUUUGCAUUCGCCGCCUUGUCGGACGGCCUAGAAGGCCGCGACAUGUCCUUCUACAACGCGCUCAACGUUAUCUCCGAGAUGAACGCCAACUGCCAAGCCUCGUUUCGUGAACACUUGCUGCACGUGCUGGAGGAGGAAGGGGAGGAGCUAGUGUGUGUCAUAUACGAUAAUAUCAUGAAGUUCGUCGACGUCGUCGCCGACAGCCUCAAUCUCCCCACCAUCGUGCUCAGAACCACCGCCGCCGCCUUCAUGCACUCGCACCUCGCCCUCUUUGACCUCGCCGCCCACAAACGCAUUCCUUUGCCAGAGUGUGAACUGGAGCUUCCCGUUCCGAAUCUGCAUCCGCUGAGGUACAAUGACCUCCCUCUCCACCCAACACGGGAAAUCCCAGAAUCUGUGCAAGAAUUUCUGGAAAGCUACAUGAACAUAAGAUCGUCUGCAGCUGUGAUCUGGAACACUGUGGAAGCACUCGAUGAAUGGCCGUUGCAGCAGCUCCAGCGACAAUGGCCCGUCCCCUUCUUCACCAUAGGCCCUCUCCACAAGAUGGCCCCACCUCUGCCCACGAGCCUGAUCGAGGAGGACACGAUGUGCCUCUCGUGGCUCGACAAACGAGCUCCCGGCUCAGUGAUCUACGUGAGCCUGGGCAGCAUGGCGAUCAUCGACGAGGACGAGCUGUGCGAGAUGGCGCGGGGGCUGGCCAGGAGCGAGCAGCCCUUCCUGUGGGUGGUGCGCACCUCUCUGUUGAACGGCUCGGACGCGAUCGCGUCUCUGCCGGGGGAUUUCGGCGACGUGGUUCGCGGGAGGGGGCUGGUGGUGGAGUGGGCCCCACAGAGGAAGGUCCUGGAACACCCCGCCGUGGGGGGAUUCUUCACGCACUGUGGUUGGAACUCGACUCUCGAGAGCCUAUGCGAGGGCGUCCCCAUGAUUUGUAGGCCGUGCUUCGCGGACCAGUUGGUCAACGCGAGGUACCUGACCCACGUGUGGGGGGUCGGGGUCGAGCUUGGGAGCGUCGUCGAGAAGGGCGUGGAGGAGGCCGUGAGGAUGCUCAUGAAAAGCGACUGCGGGAGGGAGAUGAGAGAGAGAGCGGCGGGGAUGAAACUCGAGAUCGAGCGCUGCAUGGGACGAGGGGGCUCGUCCUCGGAGUCGCUCGAUCACUUGCUAGAGUUUGUUGACUCGUUGUAAGGGGAGUGAAUUCGAGACCUCUCUUCAAAUAUUGUUUUUAACUUUUGAUAGUUCGUUGCAUAAAUUAUAUUUUAAACUUCAUUCAAUUAAACUUAUUACGUGCUACAUAGAAAGCAAAUGUAGUAAAUCUCUAUAAUGAACAAGAUACAUUACAUUGAUCAUGUCACAAUA